AGUCAUCGGCGGGAGAGCUGCAGUCAGUAUAAUACAUCUACUGGAAUAAAACCUGCUCACUAUGGUCGAAAAAAGAUUUCCCGUCAAUAUUCAGCUCGUUGGAGUGAUGCACAAAGAGGCAGCCAAAUUGUACAUGACCACUGUACUCUGGUCGGAUCAAAAUGAGAUCACUGUGUACAGGUCCCUCGAAGACUUCAAAGCCCUUCAUAGAACACUCAAGAAGAAAUUCCCUCCUUCAAACCCCAUUAGAAGGUCAGGAAGAAUCAUUCCCAAGUUUAAAGCUACAAGAGUGAGAAGAAACAUGCGGAAGUGGAGCCCCAGUAAGUCAGUGCUCAGACUGAAGGCUCUGGAGGAAUACUGCACUGAGCUGCUGCAGAGUGAUCCUUGCAUCGCACAGAGCUCAGAACUCAUCCAGUUCCUGCUUCCCAAACCCCAGGAGCUCAAUUCUGACUUCACAAAAAACAGUAUCGUGAUCAUGCCUUCGGAGACUUCUCUGGGCAGCAGUGGAGCUGGAACUACUGACAACAGUGUUACUCAACCCUUUGUUACUGAAACAUACCGCUGUGUUGCUACUUAUGAGACCAAAGACACCAAGAAUCGCCCCUUCAAGAUUGAAGUGGAUGAGAUUGUGGAUGUGCUCAUUAAGGACAAAGGAGGGUGGUGGCUGGUGGAGAAUGAAGCCAGAUGUCUUGCCUGGUUUCCUGCUCCAUAUUUAAAGAGAGCUGAGCUGGAUGAUGACGGCGGUGAUGUGAUGGAGGGUGAAAGUAUCCUCUACGUUGUUGCCAAAAGUUACAAAGCCACAAAUAGUGAUGAGAUUUCUGUCGAGAUUGGGUCUGUGGUGGAGGUGGUACAGAGAUCUGACAAUGGCUGGUGGAUAAUCAGAUACAAACGAAAAUCUGGCUAUGUACCAUCUAUGUACCUGCAACCAUACAAUAACCCACGGGUUCGCAUAACGGCCACUCAGAGGGGGAUCUUUAGCUCCACUCUUGACCUGGCGCAGCUUCGGGUUCCUGGAAACAACUUCCUGCAGGUCUCCAGUUGUGACCUCAGCAGAUCCCAGGGCAACUUAAUGGUGCCCACAGGAAGUGGCCUGAGCCCUAGAAAUAAGCAGAUGUCACGUUCAACGGGAAUACUCAUGGAUACUCGUCCAACACAUCAGGCCCCACCAUCCAUCCGUGUGGAGUUUGCCAAAAAUGGUCAGCAAAGCAGUUUGAGUGAUGAUGGGGAAGAUUUCAGCUUCAGUGAUGACAAUAGCUCCUCUGAAAGUGAUUCACUAAAUCGCUCGGACGCAGAAGAGCAUUUUCGCCGUAGUCGUACCCCUACGCCUAUCUCUUCUGGAGGCCUGGCCCCUGAUAGUGCCACCAAAGGCAAGAUGACAGCCAGUAGAUCAGACCCCAGCCUCAACAAGAUGCCCAGUACCCCCAAAGUCCCACCCAGACCCCAAGCUCAGGAGAUAAUCAAACACUGCAGCACUGUCACUCGCAAAAACUUACAAAGAACCAGUUAGGUCACCUCUGUAUCAGAAAAUAGCUAGACUGUUUUGAUUUUUAUCUCCUUGGCAAGAAAUCAUAUCUAUUUGCUGAUGUGAAGCAUUCCAGGUUAUAUGUUACAGGAGAAUGUUACAGACUUGCAGUCCAGCAUAAAAUAACAAAAACCAAGAACAAGUGUUACUUAUUUUUAUUAAUUUUGAUGCAUUGCAGAAACACUUGGGUGAUGUUAACGUGAUCAUUUGAAGAAUAAAGUAGAGGGAUGCAAUACAAAAUGCACUUUUUUCCCCCCACUUUCACUUAAAGCUUAUUAUAUUACAUUUUGUAAAGCUGCUCUGUUACAAUUUAUAUAGUUUAAUGCAUUUUUAGUAAAUUAACGUUGAGGUAUUACUGUUUGGAUCAGAUGAAGGAAAAUUAAUGAUAGACAAUACAUACACAUUGAUUCAAUUUUCUUAUUUUUCUUACCAUGUUAUGAAAAUCUCUGAUUUGUGUCGUGUAUUUUUUUUUUCUUCUUUGAACAAUAACUCUUUCCACACUGGAAAAUAUCUAUUGUGCCUUAUAUGCAUUCAUUGUAUACCUUUGAAUAUUGUGCACUCCUCAGAGUUGACAUUGUUGUACAGCUUCCUCACGGUCUGUAAUGUGUGUGUAAAAUAUAAAUUUAAAUAAAAUGGUCUUCCUAAAUACUGUGACAUACUCCAUGUGCCUCUUAUUUUUUAUGAAUGGACAGCUAAUAUGUUCUCAUUUUUAACAGUCAAUGAAGUGUAUACCUAAAUUUGUCUAAAACUUUGGUAGGGCAUGAUCAACUCAACAUUUUAGCUAAUACUCAUGUCUAUAGCUAAAAUGUUACAUGAUAUCACUUUAUUCAAACUUUAAAUCUCAAACAUAUCACAAAAACACAGCAUACUCAGAAACAAAGGUGCCAAUCAGCAGCUUUUCAUAGAAUGUAUAACACUUGUCACACAGCCCUUGCAAACAUCUAGAUAGAUAAACUUGAGAUAUAACAAUAAAAUAUAAAGAGGUGCAGCCUCCAAAAAGGAAAGUGAUUUACUGCACACAUUCUUAUGACUAACUAGUCUUUUAGUACUGCCUGCACAAGAUACCGCAAGAAUCACCUCACACCAUCAUUAGUUAAAACAUUUUGCUAACAUGCAAAACCAAAAGAAACACAGGACUAGCCUUUGUAACUUUGCUCAACUCUGGAAACCAGUCAAUCAAUCUUAAUGUUUUGGAAACACUCGAAUAAGAAAAAAAAAAAAAUGCCUUAGCAUAACAUUAAAGGGAGUCAAUGAACUAUUAUACUAAGGCCACUACCACUAAUCUGAUGUCGCUUGAAAGCGCAUUCAUUUUUGCUAUGUUGACGACUCUCUUCCAGACUAGACCGAGGUUGUCCUACACCAAAAACAGAGCAUUUCGAAAAUGCUCUCAACUACCACUACCAAAACUCUCAAUUACUGCAUGCUUUGGAAAAUUAUGAAGUUAGAACACUUAAGAGAUUGUGGAGGCCACGUCCACACUAAUAUGUUUAUGUCUAAUAUGUUUUGGGUAUUGACCCGUGACCCAAAGACAUGACGGUUUACCACCACUCUUUUAAAUCCAGCGUUUUGAAUGUGACGUAAUGUGAUUUUGGGAUUGUAGCAGCCAAUAAUGUAAUAACUACUGUUAAUGUAAUAACUGCCAAUAAUGUAAUACAUUAUUAUUAUUUUUUUAACCCAGCCAAUAAUGUAAGAACUUAUUACAUUAUGGGCAAAAAGUUAUUACGUUAUUGGUUCAGAAAUGUUAUUACAUUAUUGGUAAGUUAUUACAUUAUUGACUUUUAUUACAUUAAGAAUGGAAAAUGUAUUACGUUAUUGGCAGUUAUUACAUUAACGGUAGUUAUUACAUUAUUGGCUGCUACAGGGAUCGCAAAGUGUCCAGUCGUUCCGCACUUCAGAAUCUCGCCGGAAAUAGUAGGUCAUCCUGGUAUUUCUCGCUCACUGUUUUAUGAAUACUGAGGAUUAGGACAUACUACUCCAUUGGCAUACUGUUUUCGGCAUACUACAUGUGGUGAGCCUCUGUCACUGGCAAUAGUGUCGCCCUGGGCAACAGUAAACACACACAAUACACUGGUGGAGAUGGCAUAAUUACCCACAGCUGAGGUUCAUCAGUAGCUAAUCGGGAGGACCAUAUAAAAGGAGUGAAAACCACACAAGCACUGACUCCAGUCACUAACCUGACUGCUUCUCUGUCUUCUUCUAGGAUCAGACUAAGCUGCCCGUUACAACAGCCUUUGUUGUGAACUUCACUCAAGACCAACUCACCCACUGUCCUCAGCCUUUGCCUCUUCACUUCCUUCACAAAUUCCCUACUCUUCAACGGAGCUCCUCUCACAGACUCUCCCUACUCACCUUCCCUUCAUAAUUCCUUAAAUAAACACACCCUCCCGGGGCAAAUUGUGCAGAUCCUCUGUCUGUGUCUCGUCACUUCACUACACUGCUGGAGAAUGCAGGCAAGUUGACAAGCCAUGCAAUAGCCGUAAGAAACUGAGCUUGAAUGAGCAAAAAAAAAAACAUUGCAGAAGUAGUGACUUCUGACCUCACGGUGGCAGCACAUGUGAGACACUCUGGAGAGAUAUCCUUCACUUUCCCUCAUUGGGGUUUUUCAGGGUGACAGGCGCCGGAGGGUACUCAGAAGUAGGAGGGCCGGGCUUCGGCAAACAGAUCAGACAAACCAAUGCCCACUAAUCCACGAGUCCUGGAAGCACCUGCAUGGCUGGUCAGCUGUGUAGUCCAUAAUGAUACACCAACAAAAGCAGUUACAGAACAUGUUUAAACGGUCGGAAAACAUUGGCCAUGCUGGAUUCGGGCAGUGCAUUUAGCCUCGUACAGCCUGAGGUCCUUCCUCUGUCAACACCUGUGAAAGGAAAGCUACCAAUUACUUGUGUCCACGGAGAUAGCAUGUAGGUGCCAGCCAUGUCAGUAUUGAUAUCUGACAGACAGGGUUCCUGAACGAUCGAUGUAGGCAUCAUGGAAGGUCUUCCAGUACCUCUCCUGCUGGGCCGGGAUUGGCUAGGGUUCAAACAACUGUUUGACAGAAAGCAAAGUAACAAACCAUAUAUGGUACGACCCACUAGGAAGAAGAGACAGACGAAAAGCCCAGUCCACCUAGCCAUGGAGACCGAAAGAGAGGGUCAAACUGUGAUAACCUAAAUGUGCUUUCACAAUUGUUUCAGUCUGUAUCCACAGGUGGGCCUUUCAGGAAAGAACAGAAAGAUGACGACGUUCUGUAACACUGCUGGGUGAGCCUCUGUCACUGGCAAUAGUGUCGCACUGGGCAACAGUAAACACACAAUACACCGGUGGAGAUGGCAUAAUUACCCACAGCUGAGGUUCGAGGACCAUAUAAAAGGAGUGAAAACCACACAAGCACUGACUCCAGUCACUAACCUGACUGCUUCUCUGUCUUUUUCUAGGAUCAGACUAAGCUGCCCGUUACAACAGCCGUUGUUGCUAACUUCACUCAGGACCCACUCACCUCCUGUCCCCAGGCUUUGCCUCUUCACUUCCUUCACAAAUUCCCUACUCUUCAACGGAGCUCCUUUCACAGACUCUCCCUACUCACUUUCCCUUCAUAAUUCCUUAAAUAAACAUGCCCUCCCGGGAAAAAUUGUGCAGAUCCUCUGUCUGUCUCGUCACUCCGCUACAUACAGUAUAUAGUAGGGAAGUAUAGAUAUUCAGACGCAGUGUUGGACAACAUUUUCCUCCACAGAAAAUCUUCGAAAAUGCUCUACAGAACCACAUACUUCGCCAAAAAGAUUACGUUAGGAAACCGAAAACUGAGUUUUCAAAUGAAAACGAAUAAGUGUGGAUGUGGCCAAAGGGGAAAGUUAGUUUUUGGAAAUGGUUGUUUGUACUGUAGGUCUACUGGAUGUUCCUUGAUACUCUAGUGAGGCGUUUAAGGAAUGUUCAGCUUUAGCACCCAAGUUAAACUUUAUCUAAAGUGUCUGUGACAUGCUAUUGAUUGCCACAGAAAACAAUUUCUACUAGUCCCUCAGUCAGUAAUGCACUUACAAUGGAAGUCUAUGGAGCCAGAGGAUUUGAAAGCAGAGAGCUUGUGUUUUUUGUUAAAACACAAUUAUUCAGUAAAAAAAGUUUCUUAUUUGAUACAUAAAGCUGCAAAAACCAUCCAAGUGGAGGGACAACUUUUCUAGGUGGAGGAACUUCUGACUAUGCAUUACUGAUGUAAUUCCUGAGAGUGGAGUUUACUAUAUGUAAACAGUGCUUCGCAAAUAUUACAUCAUGUCCUUUAAUGGUUAUGGAUUUACAUGGUCUUGGCAUGAAUUGAAAUAUUACAUAUAUAUUUUGCACAGACUUGGUAAGUGACUCUAUCACACUAGUUUCAUGUGAACAUGUUUAAAGAUUAAGUCUUGGGGCUAUACUUAAGAAAAAAAAUUGAGAACUGUGAAUUUUAAUAAGUGAUAAACCGAUAUAUCGGCCAAGCCGAUUAAUACGAAUUAUAACGCCCCUGCUCUCUAGAUAUCGCGAUCACACAUUUAAAAUACCAUAUGGUCGACCACUCAUUUUAACAUUUAUUACAGUGCUCAAAUGUUGCCCAUUUACUUCCAUUGUAUAUGUAUUACUAAUAACACGUUUU